CCCUUUUCGUCAAUAAAUAGGACGUUGAGCACUUCGUAAAAGCUUCCGCGCAAUUCAGAGUUCGGAACUCCGGCUAAUUUUAAACGUUCGUCAGGCAAUCGGAGAAUUCCCAAUACAUUCAUUUUCUCUCUCUUACCACCGCCAAUUCCUCCAUAACUUCUUCUCUCCUUUUCUCUCUCCUCUCUGCUGCUGAUCGUCGUCUGAAAAAUGUGCAAAAAUCAAAAACUGCUGAGAUUUUAAUCAGGUUUCCUGGGUCCUAAUAAUGCCAUCGAUUGAAUUCUUUUGCUGAAGGUUAAAAUGAGAUGCAAUGCGUGCUGGAGAGAGUUGGAAGGUCAAGCUGUUUCAACCACUUGUGGUCACCUUUUGUGCACAUCAGAUGCAAGCAAGAUACUCAACGGUGAUGGAGCGUGUCCCAUUUGUGAUCAGGUGCUGUCUAAGAGUCUUAUGAGACCUGUGGAUAUUAAUCCAAAUGAUGAAUGGACUAAUAUGGUAAUGGCAGGAAUCUCGCCUCAGAUUCUGAUGAAAAGUGCAUAUAGAAGUGUGAUGUUCUAUAUUGGGCAAAAGGAACUAGAGAUGCAAUGCAAGAUGAACAGGCUAAUGACGCAGUGCCGACAAAAAUGUGAGGCGAUGCAAGAAAAGUUCAGUGAGAAACUGGAGCAGGUGCAUACUGCGUACCAGAAAAUGGGCAAGAGGUGUCAAAUGAUGGAACAAGAGAUUGAGAACUUGUCCAAAGAUAAGCAAGAACUGCAAGAAAAGUUUGCUGAGAAAUCAAGACAGAAGAGAAAGCUUGAUGAAAUGUAUGAUCAGUUGAGGAGCGAGUUUGAUUCAGUGAAACGUUCAUCCAUACAACCUGUAAACAAUUUCUAUUCCAGACCUGAGCCUGAUCCUUUUUCUCACCCGUCCAACUUGAUGGAUAACCAAGAUACACUAAGAAAAGAUGGAUUGGUUUUUACUCCUGAUACUCCAGGGCCAAGGGAGGAUGUCUGGCCAGCAAGGCAAACUAGUUCCAACGCCUUUGAUAUCUCUGUUUGCUCACCGUCAAGAGAAUCAAGACGAGCACCAGUCCCGACUGAUGCUGGAAACAGAAGGCCGCCCACUGGCCAUCCUCCCUUUGGAUCGGGAAAUUCUAACCCUUCCAUGACUUUGAGGAAUCUGGUUCUGUCUCCUAUCAAGCGGCCUCAGUUAUCACGAAACCGCCCUCAGCUUUUCACGUAAGUAAUCUCUGAGAUACAAGAAGACGCCAUCUUAUCUAUCUGCCUGCCUGCCUGCCUGCCUGCCUAAAUCACUGCAUGAUUUUGGAUUUUCAGGAUGUGAUUAGAAGAAAUUUCAUUAUCUUGCUAUUGCUAAACAUGCCCACAGGAGUCUUGAACUACGUUUAGGAGUAUAUUUUUGUUUAUAAGUUGAUUUUAUCCUCUGGCUUUUGAAGAAGUUACGUUACAGAAGACUGAGCUGGUUCAAGCUCUAUUACAUCUUAAUGCGAACUAUUGACAUAUUAGAAGUCAGUUUGUACAUAAUGAGCAGACAAGAUAGUUGUGACUUGUGGUAGAAAAACUUCCAUCCAUAGCUAGCUACAUAGUAAAAGGUUAUGUUCUUGUUUUUCUUUUGGGUGUCAAACAUUAUAAUGUCGUUGAUAUAUUUUGUCUUUAAUCAUCAAAAAAGAAGUUGACCUGUUUUGUAAUA